AUGUCUUCCUACAGGCAGAUGAUCAGCUCCCGCUGCCUUGCACCCUGUGAAGUGACCUGCCUGCAGCCCAUUACAAACGCCUGGAACCAGCCCUGUGUUACAUCCUGUGGCGAUUCGAGAGCUGUGAUCUACCCACCGCCCGUGGUCAUGACCUUCCCAGGACCCAUUCUCAGCUCCUGCCCUCAGGAGAGCUUUGUGGGCAGCUCAGCACCAUCCAGCAUUGGGAACAUAUUUGGAUCCAUGAGCUCUCUGGGUCCCAGUGGCUCCUAUGGCUCUAGGAGCUUGUACAAUUAUGGGAGGACAUAUUCUUCUUAUGGAUCCAGUGGUUAUGGUUUUGGGAGCUGCAGACCAUGUUAA